AUGCCCAGAAAGGCGGCGGUCAAGUACCGCUCCCUGCGCUCAAACCUCGUCCACCUCCCCCUCUCCCUCUACGCGUCUCUCGCGCAGUCACAGACACGUCCUCAAGGCCUCAUCCUCCACCUCGCCCCGCUCGUCCCAGCGUCCAGCUCAAGGCGUGCUCCGCAGAGCGCAUACCUCGGAUGGUCGGGCUUGGCCGCCGCCAGCUCCCUCUCGGGUAUUGGCGGCAGCCAGCUCGAGACGCUCGAAGUCGACCCGGAGGUGGCUCUCAACUAUGGCUGGGCCGAGGGCACAAUCCUUGAGAUCAGUAUCAUCCACAACCCGACCAAGGCUCGUUCCGUGUCUGUGACACCGCUGUCGACUGAUGACUGGGAGAUUCUGGAGCAAAAUGCAAACUACCUCGAGAACAACCUCCUGGGCCAGCUCCGUGCUGCCCAAAAGGGCCAGGAAAUCGAUGUCUGGGUCAUGGGUCGCACCAAGAUCCGUAUACGUGUUGAUGCUACCAACCCGCCCACAACGUCGUCCUCUGUCGUGCUCGUGAACGCCGAUACUGAAAUCUACGUCGCGCCGCGGCCGCGUAAUGCGACCAGCAGCGCGCCCGAGCCCGCCAAGGUGGUCACACCGGCCCAGCUGCCCGUGUCGUCGUCGUCGAGCAAGGGCAAGACCCCCACCGUCAAGGAGGCGACCGUCCGUGUGGUCCCCCCACGGGUUGCCGCCAAGUGGGGCUUCCCGACGCUGUCCCACGACGACAGCCAGAUUGCCGGCAACGACAAGGUGGCGUGGUGUGCGCCCUCUACGCUGGCCAAGAUCCGCCGGCGUCUCGGCGUGGAGCAGCAGGCAAAGGACACGCCCGUGUUUGCAAGCUUCCGUCGCGAGAAGGAGCCCACGCCCGAGGACGAGCCUGCCCCCGCGUCUCCCAAGGAGGGCGAGCAGGGACAGGAGACUGCAGAGGAGGAGGAGCCGCCCCUCCAGGCCUGGCUCGUGGGGUGGGACGAGAUGCCUGCUGGCUGCGUCGUGCUCUCUGGCGAGCUGGACGCCGAGUGGUCACCAUGGGUUACUGCCAGAAUCACCGCGGCGACGCCCAAGACCAACAAGGCCAAGGCCAACGGCACUUCCCCGACCCACAUUCUCAACCUUCCCCAAUCCCCGGACCCGCCACUCGCUGGUGUAGCCAAGGUGCUCGACAGCGCAAUCAGCUACUUUACCCGUGCUGCCAUUUCGGGAUCUGCCAAGCCGCUGCUCAUCACAGGCGCCAAGGGCUCAGGCAAGACGGCCAUUGCAAAGGCCAUUGGCGCGUCCCUCGAGGCGGACCGCAGCAUCCUUGCCGAGGUCAUCUACCAGGAUGUCGGCCGCAUGGACCCCGACUCGCGCGUCAAGCAGACCAAGGAGGAAAUGUCCAAGUGGAUCGAGGACGCCGAGCGCCGCCGCCCGUGCAUCAUCAUUCUCGACAACCUCGACCUGUUACUGUCACCCGAAAACGAAAACACGGCGUCGUCCAACCCGGCCAUCCUUGCCGAGCACUUUUCCCGUCUCUUCAGCUCCGAGACGUUGCCCCAUGGCGUCAUGGUCCUGGCGACGGCCACGGGUUCUGCGUCGUUGCACGGUCUCCUGACGUCCAAGCACAUUUUCGGCGAGAGCAUGAAGGUCCAGCCUCCCAAGAGCGACACACGUCGCGAGAUUCUCGAGGUGCUCGUCAAGGCGCAGGAGCAGUCGCCCGGCGAGGCGGCGCGCAGCGUCGUGGUCGUCUCGGAAGCGACCGAGCUCGACUACGUCACCCUCGCGACGCUGACGGAGGGAUACUCGGCGUGCGACUUGAGCGACUUUGUGACGGGCGCAAACCAGCAGGCCAUGAUCCGCUGUACGCGCGGCGACCCCGCGACCGAGGACCCCCGGCUGACGAUGGACGACUUUGUCGCUGCCCAAGAGGCGUUUACGCCCUUUAGCCUGCGCGGCGUGUCGCUGCAAAAGUCGGAUGUGCGCUGGGCCGACAUUGGCGGCCUGCACGAGGCGCGCCAGGUGCUCCGCGAGACGCUCGAGUGGCCUACCAAGUAUGCGCGUAUUUUCGCGCACUCUCCCCUGCGUCUCCGGUCCGGUCUCUUGCUGUACGGAUACCCCGGUUGCGGCAAGACGCUGCUGGCCUCGGCUGUCGCGCGCGAGACGGGCCUCAACUUUAUCAGCGUCAAGGGUCCCGAGAUCCUCAACAAGUAUAUCGGCCAGAGCGAGCAGUCGGUUCGCGACCUGUUUGAGCGCGCAUCGGCGGCCAAGCCGUGUGUGCUUUUCUUUGACGAGUUUGACUCCAUUGCGCCCAAGCGUGGCCACGACAGUACCGGCGUCACGGACCGCGUCGUCAACCAGAUGCUCACGGAGAUGGACGGCGCCCAAGGCCUGGACGGCGUGUACGUCCUCGCCGCCACGUCGCGCCCCGACCUCAUCGACCCGGCGCUGCUGCGUCCGGGCCGUCUCGACAAGUCGAUCCUGUGCGACAUGCCCUCUGUCCAGGACCGUCUGGAGAUUAUCCAGUCGUUUACAAACAAGCUGCACGUCGCGCCCGGCAUCGACUUUGAGCAGCUCGCGUUCGACACCGAGGGCUUUUCCGGCGCAGACCUCCAGGCCCUCGUGUACAAUGCCCACCUGGACGUGGUGCACUCUGUGCUCAACAAGCCUGCCGACGAGGCCGAGGAGCCCGUCGUCAGCAAGGGCAAAGGAAAGGGCAAGGGCAAGGCGGUGGACAACGGCAAGGGCAAGGGUAAAGGAAAGGGCAAGGGCAAGGCCGUCGACAAUGGCGACGACGCGUCCAACGGCGACGACUACGAGCACGAGCACAGCGCGUCCAACGGCUCGGCGGCUCCCCCGGCUGCUGCCGCGCACAAGCCGGCAUACCGCCAGCUCCAGCCUGAGGAGACGACCAUCACCUCUGCGGCGCGCACGGCCUUUGCCGAGCGCAUCGAGACGAUCGUCGCCUCCACCACCCCGCAGACGGCCGAGACGGAGGAAGUCGAAAAGGAAAAGCUCGCCACGCCCGUCAUUGAGGAACGCCACCUGCGCGAGUCGAUGAAGGCCACCAGGCCGUCCGUGGCCGCAUCCGAGAAGGCCCGGUUUGCAAGGAUCUACUCGGCGUUCGUCACGGACCGCGAUGGCAACAUGCAGAAUGGCGAUGGGGGGCGUGCGACGGGCACGCGGUCGUCGCUGAAGUAG